GUAAAAAUAUUAUAAAAAAUGUUGUUAGAAAUUAUUUGAAGGAAUGAUCCUAUUCUUUCAUGCAGAAUAUAAAAAAGUGGAACCAAAAAAAAAUCUAGGAAUUUGUGUGACUCAAGUUUGCUGCUUGCAGCAGUGAAUUCCUGCGUCCCUCAACUCCUUCCACUUGGUAGUGACAAUCUGUGUCGUCUUCUCCGCGGAGUUGGAAACUCAUAAUUCCCCUUUCAUUUUCCUUCCCUCAAACCGCACUAAACCAGUUAAUUAAUUCAUGGCCAUCAUCAUCAUCAACAACAUCUAUCCCUCCUCUCAAUCCCACUCUCUUCAAACCCCUUUCCCACAAUGCUAACCCCUUUUCCUUUACUCUCUUCAAACACUAUUGCUUCCAACACUUCGCAAAGCUAGUACUAGCAGUGUUUCUGCCAGAGCCCAAAGAGUUCACAUGGGAUUGGGAACAACCCCUAGAAGAAGCAAGAGGAGAAGAAUUGAAGCUUCUAGAAAAUCCCACGAUGGAGCAACGCGCGUUAAUAGACCGAUCCUUCGACGAUCGUUACUCGCGGGACGCGCGCGACUCGCUCGACGAGUUGCGUCAUAACUUCAUCAUCACCGACCCUUCUAUCCCGGGCCACCCUAUCGUCUUCGCUAGCCUUGACUUCCUCAAGAUGACGGGCUACACGCGCCAUGAAGUAUUGGGCCGGAGUGGGUCCAUGUUUCAGGGCCCGCGAACUUCUAGAAGGUCCGUCAUGGAGAUUCGAGAGGCCGUUCGCGAGGAACGAAACGCGCAGGUCGUUUUGCUUAACUACCGAAAGGACGGCACGCCGUUUUGGAUGCUCUUUCGUGUUUGCCCCGUUUUCAGCAGAGACGGUGGUGCCGUCGUUCACUUCGUCGCCGUUCAGGUUCCGCUUCAGGGGAAGGGUUUGUCGCAGGAUGGAUCUGGUUCGCGGGAUUUUGGGUUCGGGUGCUGUCGGAAGGAGGUGUGCUCUGAUUCGUUGACGGAACUUGGUCGCGUUUGUUCGUUGAAUCAAGUGUUGGAACGUGAUGUCAGAGAAUUGGAGAGUGAAGAGCCGUGUGAGGCAAGUGAUGAUGAGAAGACAAGUGCUGUUACUGCUAUGGACAACAUCUUUUCUGUGCUAACCCAUUAUAGUGAGUGGACGGGCAGAUUGGUUUGUAGAAAGAGAUGUAGUUUUCCUGACGUGGGUCUUUUAAGCACAUCCUUGAUUAUUUCUCUUGGUAGAAUCAAACAAAGCUUUGUAUUAACUAAUCCGCAUUUACCAGACAUGCCUAUCGUUUAUGCCAGUGAUGCCUUCUUGAAAUUGACAGGUUAUGCAAGGGAUGAAGUCUUGGGCCGCAACUGUAGAAUUUUAGGUGGAACAAAUACUGAUACCUCAACUUUACAUCUGAUUAGAGAAAGCAUUAAAACUGAACAACCAUGCACAGUACGUAUUUUGAAUUACAGGAAGGAUAGAAGCUCAUUUUGGAAUUUUCUUCACAUCUCACCUGUUCGAGAUGCUUCUGGCAAGGUAGCCUACUUUGUGGGAGUUCAAAUAGAAGAUGACAAUAACAACGAUGAUAGAAAUAGAAAGUGUUUGAGUCCUGAGAGGAGGCAGCUUAGCGUGGUUGGUGUUGUAAAGGUUGCAGUGAGGAGUUUAUCAGCUGGAUCUUCGAAAUCAUAGUCAAAAUAUAAGAGGGUGGUUUUCCUAAUACUAUGCCUACUUCCCAAAGAUGUUAAUCCAUUCGGAAAAAUGAAAAUUUUCAUUCUCAACUAGUCAUAGUUGAGAUGAUGCAAAGGUGAAAAUUUGAGUUGUAAAAAACACAAAAAUAUCCAUAUUGUCAAUUGUAAGAAAACCCUCAACUAGUGAUCGUACUGAUUGAAAGGAACUUUUAUGGUCCAGAAUGUACCAAUAAAACUCGACUUGUACUGAUUUCACCUUAUCUUUAUAUUUGCGGUGACAUGUAGUGACCUUUUUCUU